AUGAAUAUUUUUCUGUCAGGCUGCGUGACGUUACUAAUCACUUCUACAUCACGGUGGGAUUCGAACGACGUUGAUCGAUCAAGACACGCGUAUAAAAAUAACAAUUUAUGGCAUGAUGCUAACUGUAUAAACGCCUGCCUGGUCACUCCCAUCUAUCUAUCUAUCUAUCUAUCUAUCUAUCUAUCUAUCUAUCUAUCUAUCUGCCUCAGUCUCUUCGUAUCUAUCUAUCUAAUUCAAUUCACAUCUAUCUAUCGAAUUCAGUUACCAUCUCUCUCUCUCUCGCCAUCUAUCUAUCUAUCUAUCUAUCUAUCUAUCUAUCUAUCUAUCUAUCUAUCUAUCUAUCUAUCUGCCUCAGUCUCUUCGUAUCUAUCUAUCUAUCUAUCGAAUUCAAUUCACAUCUCUGAUUCUCUCUCUCUCUCUCUCUCUUUACGAUCUCUCUCUCAAUCUAUCUAUCUAUCUAUCUAUCUAUCUAUCUAUCUAUCUAAUUCAAUUCACAUCUCUGGUUCUCUCUCUCUCUCUCUAUCUAUUUAUCUAAUUCAAUUAACAUCUAUCUAUCGAAUUCAGUUACGAUCUCUCUCUCAAUCUAUCUAUCUAUCUAUCUAUCUAUCUAUUCAUCUAUCUAUCUAUCUAUCUAUCUAUCUAAUUCAAUUCACAUCUCUGUUACGAUCUCUCUCUCUCUCUCUCUCUCUCUCUCUAUCUAUCUAUCUAUCUAUAUAUAUAAUUCAUUCCUAUCUCUCUCUCGCCAUCUAUCUAUCUAUCUAUCUAUCUAUCUAUCUAUCUAUCUAUCUAAUCUAUCUAUCUAUCUAUCUAAUCUAUCUAUCUAUCUAUCUAUCUAAUUCAGCUCACAUCUAUCUAUCUAGCUAUACAUUUAUAUCAUAA